AAGGCUGUGGUCCUGCUAAAAUCUCAGGAAUUUAAACCUUUUUUUGUAUAGGGAAUUCAUAAUCAUAGGUUUGGAAAUAACACGCCCCACAAUAUGAACGCAUAUUUACAACGAUGCCGGAGUGUUCUGAAAAGUUCCAUAAAUAAAAUCGCUGUUAUCGGUAACGAAAGCUGUGAUCUAGAUUCGGCAGUGAGUGCAAUUGCCUUUGCAUUUCAUCUGCAACACUCACCGAAGUUGUUGAGCCCUUGGUACAAGCCCGAUACAAUAGUUUAUCCCGUGCUGAAUGUAACGCGCGCCGAGCUGCCACUGAAAACUGAGGUAACCUUCUUCCUCAAACGACAGGGAAUUGCGCUGGAUGAGCUGAUUUGUCGUGAUGACAUCGAUUGGCCGACGGAACAAGCCUUGAACGUAGUGCUCGUAGAUCAUCAUGUUUCGAGCCUAAAUCAGAACAUAGUGGGAAUCGUUGAUCAUCGUCCCGUGGAAGCUGCUGCACGGUUCAACCCAAAUGCUUUUAAAACAAUUGAGCUUGUUGGUUCUUGCGCGACCCUCGUCGGUCGUCAACUGUUUAGCGAUGGAAUCUCGCCCGAAGAGCGAGAAGGAUAUAACGUUGCAUUGGGGUUAUUGUAUGCUGCUAUCGUGCUAGAUACUGUAAACUUUUCCAAAGAAGCCGACAAAGCAAAACCCCUCGAUUACGAUAUGGCAGAAAGAAUAGAGUCGCAACUGCAGAUUACGGAACAAGUUCGCUCACUGCAUCGAGAGCAACUGUUCAAGUCCUUGGUCGAUGCCCGUAGCGACGUGUCGGAGCUGAACGCUUAUCAGUUGCUGUUGAAAGAUUUGAAAAUAAUAUCGCAAAAUGAUCGUACCGUGGCGGUGCCCGGAUUCCCGAUGGCAGUUCAGGAGUACAUAAAACUGCCGGAAUGGAGAGAGCAUCUGAACAGGUUUGCCACCAGCACUGAAAGCAAUGUUGUGAUUUUGCUCGGAAUGAAAGUACACCCUGAUGGCAGCGUGCGUCGCGAUGUUGGUAUCAUUCUGAUCGAUGGCACACCGUUAGCGGAGAAGAUUAUUGCAGCAUUGCACGCAUGCCAGGAAAUGAAUUUUGAGCUCGAAGAAAUACCAUGUUCGGAGAAUGGCACGUUUUAUCAGCAACAUAAUUUAAAAGCGUCGAGAAAACAAUUAAUACCAAUUGUUAAAAAUGUGCUCAGCACAAUACAGUGAUCAAAUAAUGCUACAUUAAAUUAUUCACAAAAGAAA